CUAUGCCUUCUCCUUCUCGGAAGAUCCCAUUCCACAUUCCUCUCUCUUCCCUUCUUCAUCUUUAUAUACUAUCAUGUUCCCUUCAUCAUCCUCAUUAUCUCAUCAAUUCAUCAAUUUCCAUUGUUUCUCUCUUUCAUCAUUGAUCUUUGUUCUCUCUUUUUACUCACCCAACUCCAAUUCACCGCUAUGGCAGCACAAAACUCCCAAACCCAGUUCCAAGAUUGUUUGCCUGUGAUGGCCAACAAGCUUGGUGGGGACGGCCUAAUCGAUGAACUAUGCAAUGGCUUCAAUCUUUUGAAGGAUUCAGAAAAAGGGGUUAUCACCUUUGACAGCCUCAAGAGAAAUUCUGCCCUUCUUGGCCUUCAGGGCCUCAGUGAUGAGGAUCUUCGCUCGAUGCUUGUAGAAGGUGACUUUGACGGUGAUGGGGCGCUCAAUCAGUUGGAGUUCUGUGUUUUGAUGUUCAGACUCAGUCCUGAACUCAUGGAAGGCUCAAAGUUGUGGUUGGAGCAGGUCCUUCAACAAGAACUCAAAGAUUACUUCUAAUUUUUUUCCCCUUUUAAUUCAUUUUUCAUUUUGGGCAAUUUCCCAUAUACUUUUGUAAGGAAAUGAAAGGAAAAUGAAAUGGCAGAAGUGCUUCAUUUGAUA